AUGCAGUUUGUUAAACUGACAGUCACUCAGAAGGAAAUGAAUUUGUCACGGAACAGACUCUCCGAGCUUCCAGCAGAAGUUUGUCACUUUGUUUCCCUGGAGAGCCUUAAUUUUUACCAGAACUGCAUUCGUUACAUCCCCGAGGCCAUAUUGAACCUGCAGUCCUUGACGUUUCUAAAUAUCAGUCGAAACCAGCUCUCCACCUUGCCAGUACACUUGUGUAGUCUACCAUUGAAAGUUUUGAUAGCAAGUAAUAAUAAACUGGUCUCACUGCCUGAAGAAAUUGGACAGCUUAGACACUUAACAGAGCUUGAUGUGAGCUGUAACGAAAUACAGAUGAUACCUCCCCAGAUUGGCAAUCUGGAAUCCUUGCGGGACCUGAAUGUUAGAAGAAAUCAUUUGCUGCGGUUACCUGAAGAGCUUGCAGAACUGCCUUUGAUUCGGUUAGAUUUUUCCUGCAAUAAAAUAACCACAAUCCCUGUUUGUUACCGGAACCUCAGGCAUCUUCAGACAAUUACACUAGAUAACAACCCUCUACAGUCACCCCCUGCACAGAUAUGUAUAAAAGGAAAAAUCCACAUAUUUAAAUACCUGAACAUAGAAGCAUGUAAGACAGCUCCGGAUUUGCCUGAUUAUGACAGGAGACCUAUGGGAUUUGGCUCUUGCUGGGGCUGGAUUCCUUCCCAGGCACAGAGAACAUGGAAACUCCGUUCCCUGCCCAGCCAGUCAGCAGCACCAACACUGUUGACUGGCCCAGCAAGGACUCUGGAAGGACGUAAAGCCCCAGCAGCAUCACGACAUCAUGAGGAGCUGUACUCGGGUCGUCCUUAUGGAGCACUAGAUUCUGGCUUCAAUAGUGUGGACAGCGGAGACAAAAGAUGGUCAGGGAACGAACCUACAGAUGAGUUCUCAGACCUCCCUCUGCGAGUGGCAGAGAUCGCUAAAGAGCAGCGACUGCGGAGAGAAAAUCAAUACCAGGAGAACCGAGGGAGUGCUGUUGUGACUAAUGGUGGAGUGGAACAUGAUCUGGAUCAGAUCGACUAUAUCGAUAGCUGUGCCACCGAAGAGGAGGAGGAAGAGGUGAGGCAACCCAAGUGCAUGGAGUCAGCCAGCCUCAGCUCGCAGUUCAUGGCAUAUAUUGAACAACGGCGAAUCUCUAAUGAGGGCUCACCAGUAAAGCCAGCGCCCAUCAGAGAAUUUCAGAGAGCAGAGGACACAAGGCGAUACUUGCAUCAAAAUAGGGACACUGAUGAAUUACGAAGACCAGAAACACUAAGUUUGUUGCAGGACAGAGAGCGACACCAAGGACUAAGGAGUUACGUGGACAGAGCAGAGAGAGCCCCAGCUGAUUCCUCUUACCAUCUCUGUCUAUCAAACACCCACAAUCAGAUGUCUAAUACAGAUGCAGACAUUCACCGAAAGCGAGACCACUUAGUGGAGCGCACUCGGCGAGAGGCCCAGCUCGCAGCACUUCAGUAUGAGGAGGAGAGGAUAAGAACAAAGCAGAUCCAGAGGGAGGCUGUCCUUGACUUUGUCAAACAAAAGGCAUCCCUGAGCCCUCAGAAGCAAAGUCCUCUUGAUAGUGAGUGCCCCUUCCCAUCAAGAAGGUCUCAGCACACUGAUGAUAGUGCCUUGUUAGUGAACGGCUUUGAGCCUCUCUUUGUGUUUGAGAUUGACAGUAACACCAAUACCAUUAAAAGGAGGCCGGGGACGCUCAAACAGUCGCUGUCAGGGUUGAAUCAAGAGGGCUGUGCUACCACCCUGCCACAUGCCUCUGCCUUCAGACCCGUGCAGAGUGAUGACAGAUCUGCCAUCUCUCCCGGUUCACCAACAACUCAGACAGUCCACCUUUCCCCUCAAUAUCCUGGCCCUGCUGCUCCUCCUUCCUAUAGAAACCCUUCCCAGCGACCUGAGAGUUUCCUUUUCCGACCAGCUGUAAGGGAUGAGACAAACAAAGCCUUGGUCCCUGCUAAUGAUUCGACAGACGCUCGAGCAAGACAGAACGCCAAGCAGCGCGAGAAGGAGCUGGAGUUGAUAGAGCAGCUGCGGAAGAAUAUUGAGUCACGGUUGAAAGUAUCUUUGCCCAGCGAUCUCGGAGCUGCUCUUACUGAUGGCGUUGUUCUCUGCCACCUUGCCAAUCAUGUGCGGCCUCGAUCUGUUCCCAGCAUACAUGUCCCCUCGCCUGCUGUACCCAAACUGACAAUGGCAAAAUGCAGACGAAACGUGGAGAAUUUCCUGGAAGCUUGCAAAAAGAUCGGCGUGCCUCAGGACAAUCUUUGUUCCCCUUCUGACAUUCUGCAGUUAAAUCUCAGCGUUAAAAGGACAGUUGAAACGCUGCUUUCCCUGGGGACAAAGUCAGAAGAAUCCGCUCUUGUCUCCCUUUCCGUCCAGCUCUGGGGCUUUGUGGCGUUUUACUGCACUCUCAUGCUAACGCUCUGUAUGUUCUAUCGCUGGGUCUUUUUCCUCUAGCUGGAGGCCGGUGGUGCUGCUGGCGCCGCGUCGCUCCAGGGCUUGGUAACGGCUUUUGUUUUCGGCAAGAACUAUGUGUAUAAGUGCAUUCCCUCUGCUCCCCCGAUUGGAUGGGACAUGUACAAUGUAUAAGCUCUCCGGCACGGCCAGGUGACCAUCCCCGACACCGUUUCCAGUUUGUAUUUGCUGUGUGGUAGGAACUAUCCUCCGCCGGGCAGAGCAGGGGACUGGGUCGCGACACCUGGGUGCUAGUCACAGCCCUAUCAACUAGCUGUGUGAUAGUGGGGAAAAGCACAUCUCCGCUUUGUGCCUCGGUUUCCCCGUCUGCAAAAUGGGAGUGCUCCCCACACCUGUCAAGUGUUUUGAGCCUCCCUGAUGGAAAGUGAUGUAUAACAUGCAUUCUGUUUUCUUCAAAUGUCGACGUUCCUGCCCUGAUCUCGCAAUCUCAGGAGAUGUGGCCUGGUGCUUUUAUCAGGAGUGCUCUAGGUUUUGUGUCCUCAGGAUUUCCCCCCUCCCCUUCCCUAGAAGAGUGGGUUUCCCAUAUUUGAGUCUCUGAGUGGGAGUUGGAAGCACCAGUGAAGCGUCAGCAAACCUUGAGUUGCUUCAGCUUGCUUCUCGGCUCCAUCAGGCCUGGGGGCCUGUACAGGAGAUGCCCUGGGGAAAAUAGGCUUGGCACCAGACGGGCAGUGUGUUAAAUCCAGUCCGACACCCUGCCCUGUGUCGGACUGGAUUUAAAAAAAAAUAAAAAAGGCUAACCAGACGUCUUCAGCAGCUGCUGGAGUCCAGACUGUCCUGUAGCGCGCUCCUUCCUGCCCAGGGACUUUGCCCCGUGGCAUCCCGGGCAUCAGGCUCGCCGCUCGCAGAGCUCACGUAGUCUUCCACCGGGCAGCCCCCGCUGCUUUCUGGUGCUUUUAUGCGUUUCUCAGGGAGCCCCUAGAGCCGAGCAGCCGCGUGCGAGAGGCCACAUCUCCUCGGAGCGCGAUGUCCAAACUCAGGGCCGACUCGGUCACAGGUAAGUGGCAAGUCCACGUGGCUCUUCUCAGUGUCUGUCCACAAAUUCCUCUUCGUCCUGAGAGGUCUGCCCAGCCGCUCUUUCACUGGCGCUGGGAUUUGAGCGGUGUUAUUGCGGUAGCAGCGGGAGCCCAGUUGCUGCAGUUACCAGUGAAAGAGCUGCUCAGCAGACAGGCCGGGUCGCUGAGCUCCCACUAGAACAGGGUUACAUAAGACCAGCGGGAGCGAGGGGGAAGUUGCUUGCCUUGUUUCCUGACAACGCUGCGGCUGACGUACGGCGUUGCUAUCCGAGAGCGCUGCCCGAGGACCUGGCUCGCUGUCCUUCCUCAGAAGUCAGGGUUACAGCUGAUUCAAACAAAAACAAAUCCCCGUUGCAGCUAUUUUUGCACUCUUUGCUGGUACGGACUAAAAUUUAACUCAGUUGCCUACGCUAACUUCUCUUAAUCAACACUGUGAUGAAAACUGCUCGGGUUUGACACUAACGGUGCCUUCCAGCUUUAAGCCCUUCUGUCUGUCCUAACUCUCUCCGUGGUGUGGAUUCGUUCCAACGCCUGUCCCCUUGCUUCUUUAUGUUCCUUCGAGACAUAAAGUGAAAACUAAAAGAAGUCAGCGAGAGCCGCAGGGACGUUCCCCGUGAGCUGUUGCCUCCAGAUCUCGCGGUAGCCACUGCCGGCUUGUUAAAACAGGUCUGGCGGGGGAUCCGUCUUGCUGUGAGGCAUGCGGGGAGGGAGUACGUGUGUCAGUAUUCAUCCCCUCUGUGCGAGAGGCCUGGCCUGCGCUCGCUCCCCUGUUCUGGAGGACUUGGCUCCCAAGCAGCCCGUGCAGAAGGGCAGGUUGGCCUGUGAGGACUUCAUAAACAUGCAUCAAUUCUCGGGGUCCUCCUGGGAUGACAAAUUUGGGGUGCCCCAUUUUUUUAAAUGAAGAGGUCUCAGGCAGGAGCGCUAGUUUGCCCGGGACAGUGGCAGGCUCGGGAGGGUCAAGGUCAGGGUCAGGCCCUGCAUUGAAUAGCCCGGUUCUGAAUAGAUGCCUUGGGAACUCGCUCCGCACUUUGUAUUUUAACCUCCCGUUUCUUAAUAAGAACACUUUUUGAUGCUGCUGGUAGUAAACACGCAAGGCCAGUAGUGGAGAGCUUGACUGACCCUUUGUAUGCAUACAGCGAGGAUAUUUGCUUCACCUCACACUGCCUCUCUGUCACGGUAGCCUGUCCCAUAGUACAGCACUGUUGACCCUUCUCCCUAUCCAAAGCAGUCCAGUCCUUCAGACGGACGAGGCCCUAUUUUGGCAUGCAACAGCCUGCGUGCUCUGCUGUUCCCAGGGAUUUCUGCUGUCUCGGAGUGGAGGUCAGAGCAAACGUAUGGGCUGGGAGCAUUUAAGGGGGGGGGGGUCUGUUGUGUGCAGUGCAUCUCCUGCCGCUGCAAGCGCCCAGAUGCUUUGCAGCCUUCCCUCCAGCGUUUCCAAGCCACGCACUGAUACCACUCGAUUAAAGGCUCAAAAAAAGGGACUUGGCUUUUCCACAUCUGGGACGGAAAAGUAUCUCGCGCAGCCCUGGUCCGGUACAGAAAUGUAAACGUGGUUUCUGUCGUGCUCUCGGCAUUUUAUCGUGCUCGCCAGGUGGAUUCCACCCCAGCAUCGAGGUGAUGUCGCUUAAGUUCGCAUGGCGGAGGAGGCAGAUGCCCGCUGCCCCUCCUCUCGCCGCCUCCCCCCACAAGUCUCCUGAUUUGUAACCUGUUUUCCGCGAGUGCUGAUUGAAUAAAUAAACUGAUUGUC